GAAGUAGCUGUGCAGGGCUGCAGGCAAUCUCUAAUGCAGCUUCCUGUUGCUGUUUGUGCCAUUUGAUCGCUGCUGUCAUACGGAACAAACUGCUGCUGUCUCAGCACUUUAUAUGGUGGUUUCAUGUCUCAGUGUUACACAAUAUCACUGACCAUGAACAAGAUGAAGAAGAAGCUGCCUGAGCGGAUCCUAAAUCACAUCCUGGAGAUUCUCUACCUGCUGACAGGAGAGCGUGUGACUAACUCACUGACAGUGAGUGACAUGACCGGGGACAAGAUGACAACAGAGAGGAUACUGACCCACACCCUGCAGAUCAUGUACCUGCUGACAGGGGAGGUGCCUAUAAAGUGUGAUGAUGUUGCUGUGUAUUUCUCUAUGGAGGAGUGGGAGUAUAUAGAGGGACACAAGGAGCUUUACAAGGACGUCAUGAUGGAGACUCACCAAGGACUAAGUACUAUGGAAAUCCCAGGAAAUGAGAGCUCAGAACUAACAGGUCACAGUGAUGAAAAUCUAGACACAGGAACACAAAGAGAACUUGUACAGAAUAUUCAGCCAUCAGAUGUCUCUGCAAGUGAAAAUGAUUCUAAGAUUUCAUGUAACACGGAACAAACAGAAGAUCAGUGGCAAAGAAAUAUAACAGAAGCUGCAGAGCAGGAAAUAUGUGACAAUAUAAGUACAGGUGAAUUCACAAACUGCAAUAAUCCAAGUCAUGAUCAGGGUGCAGAUGCUUCUUUACAUUUUCUUCAAAAUCAAAGAAGCCACUUGGGAAAUGUAUGUUCUGAAUGUGGGAAAAGUUUUCUUAAGAAAUCACAUCUUCUUAAACAUCUUAAAAUUCAUACAGGAGAAAAGCUAUUGUCCUGUUCUAUAUGUGGGGAAUGUUUUAACCAUAAAACAAAUCUUGAUGUUCAUCAGAAAAUUCAUACAGGAGAAAAAGGAUUUUUAUGUUCUUACUGUGGGAAAUAUUUUACUCAGAAAUCACAUCUAACUGUUCAUCAGAGAAUUCACACAGGAGAGAAAGCAUUUUCUUGUUCUGACUGUGGGAAAUCUUUUACUCGGAAAUCAGAUCUUAUUAGGCAUCAGAAAAUUCACACAGGAGAGAAAGAAUUUUCAUGUUCUGACUGUGGGAAAUGUUUUACUCAGAAAUCGGAUCUUUUUAGGCAUCAGAAAAUUCACAAUAGAGAGAAAGAAUUUUCAUGUUCUGACUGUGGGAAAUAUUUUACUCGGAAAUCAUAUCUUAUUGAUCAUCAGAAAAUUCACACAGGUGAAAAUGAUGCUAAGAUUUCAUGUAACACGGAACAAACAGAAGAUCAGUGGCAAAGAAAUAUAACAGAAGCUGCAGAGCAGGAAAUAUGUGACAAUAUAAGUACAGGUGAAUUCACAAACUGCAAUAAUCCAAGUCAUGAUCAGGGUGCAGAUGCUUCUUUACAUUUUCUUCAAAAUCAAAGAAGCCACUUGGGAAAUGUAUGUUCUGAAUGUGGGAAAAGUUUUUUUAAGAAAUCACAUCAUCUUAAACAUCUUAAAAUUCAUACAGGAGAAAAGCUAUUGUCCUGUUCUAUAUGUGGGGAAUGUUUUAACCAUAAAACAAAUCUUGAUGUUCAUCAGAAAAUUCAUACAAGAGAAAAAGGAUUUUUAUGUUCUUACUGUGGGAAAUUUUUUACUCAGAAAUCACAUCUAACUGUUCAUCAGAGAAUUCACACAGGAGAGAAAGCAUUUUCUUGUUCUGACUGUGGGAAAUGUUUUACUCGGAAAUCAGAUCUUAUUAGGCAUCAGAAAAUUCACACAGGAGAGAGAGAAUUUUCAUGUUCUGACUGUGGGAAAUGUUUUACUCAGAAAUCAGAUCUUAUUAGGCAUCAGAAAAUUCACAAAAGAGAGAAAGAAUUUUCAUGUUCUGACUGUGGGAAAUAUUUUACUCGGAAAUCAUAUCUUAUUGAUCAUCAGAAAAUUCACACAGGUGAAAAUGAUGCUAAGAUUUCAUGUAACACGGAACAAACAGAAGAUCAGUGGCAAAGAAAUAUAACAGAAGCUGCAGAGCAGGAAAUAUGUGACAAUAUAAGUACAGGUGAAUUCACAAACUGCAAUAAUCCAAAUCAUGAUCAGAGUGCAGAUGCUUCUUUACAUCUUCUUCAAAAUCAAAGAAGUCACUUGGGAAAUUUAUAUUCUGAAUGUGGGAAAAGUUUUCUUAAGAAAUCACAUUUUCUUAAACAUCUAAAACUUCAUACAGGAGAAAAGCUUUUGUCCUGUUCUAUAUGUGGGGAAAGUUUUAACCAUAAAACAAAUCUUGAUGUUCAUCAGAAAAUUCAUACAGGAGAAAAAGGAUUUUUAUGUUCUUACUGUGGGAAAUAUUUUACUCAGAAAUCACAUCUAAUUGAUCAUCUGAGAAUUCACACAGGAGAGAAAGCAUUUUCUUGUUCUGACUGUGGGAAAUGUUUUACUCAGAAAUCAAAUCUUAUUAAGCAUCAGAAAAUUCAUACAGGAGAAAAAGAAUUUUCAUGUUCUUACUGUGGGAAAUGUUUUAAUCAGAAAUCAAAUCUUAUUAAGCAUCAAAAAUUUCACACAGGUGAAAAGGGAUUUUUAUGUUCUGACUGUGGGAAAUGUUUUACUCAGAAAUCAGAUCUUAUUAGGCAUCAGAAAAUUCACACAGGAGAGAAAGAAUUUUUAUGUUCUGACUGUGGGAAAUAUUUUACUCAGAAAUCAUAUCUUAUUAGGCAUCAGAAAAUUCAUAAAGGAGAGAAAGAAUUUUCUUGUUCUGACUGUGGGAAAUAUUUUACUCGGAAAUCAUAUCUUAUUAGCCAUCACAAAACUCAUUUUACUCAGAAACCCGCGUUUAACCUCCUAAGUGCAGAGGGUGAUACGUAGUUGUCAGCCACACAAUACCAAGUGCUGAUGAUGACUGCAUGUGACCCCCUGGGGUGUGCAGUUUUGGAGAAGUUUGAGGCCCUUUCUGCACCUCAAGCGUUUAUGAGGUGACCCCAUGGUGGAUUUGAAUUAAAUCACUAGUCAUUAAUCGCAAAUUAAAUAAUGUUUUUCAUUUUUAGAAUAAUAACUUUUCAGAUUAUUUUUCCAGUUAUAUCAGACCAUUACUGAUUUGAUUAUAUAUCAUUAGAUAUGCAUAGAUAGAUCACUGAAAUUAAAGGGACAGUCAUCACCAGAA